GAGAGAGAGAGAGAGAGAGAGAGAGAGAGAGACCGAGGAGGAGGAGCUUUGACACAUAGAAUCCACGCUCAGCUCAACUCAGAAACAAGUAGAUGGACAACUACACCGGCAUCCCCGGCUCCGACGUCCUGCGCAGCCUUGCCGACGGCCAGCUCGUGGCCGUCACGUACAUCCCGCGAGGGGAGCAGGUGGACGAGGCCGUGCGGCGGGAGAUCGUCAGGCACCGGUCGCUGCGCCACCCCAGCGUCGUCCGCCUCAGGGAGCUCGCCCUCACCCCGACGCACCUCGCCGUCGUCUCGGAGCACGCCCCCGACCUCUACCGGCGGGUCCGCGACGCCGGCCGGUUCGGCGAGGACGAGGCGCGUCUGCUGUUCCGGCAACUGGUGUCGGGCGUCAGCUACUGCCACUCCAUGCAAGUAUGCCAUCGUGACCUGAAGCUGGAGAAGCUCCUGCUGCUGGACGGGGGCUGCACGGGGCCUCCGCGCCUCAAGAUCUGCGGCCCUGGCGUUUCAAAGCGCAAUUCGCAGCCGGGAGCGCCGAGAGCGUCUGACCAAACAGGGGCCUACAUCCCUCCUGAGGUUUUUCAGCAAAGGGAAUAUGAUGGCAAGAUCGCCGAUGUGUGGUCAUGUGGGGUGACGCUUUACGCUAUGCUGGUAGGAUCAUACCCCUUCCAGUGUCCUGACGACGAGCCUAGGAAUUUUAGAAAGACGAUUCAGAGGAUACAGAGCGUGGAAUACUCGGUUCCAGAUGACCUGAACGUAUCUGCCGAGUGCCGUGACCUCAUUUCUAAGAUCUUUAUUGCUGACCCGGCUGCUAGAAUCACGAUCUCCGAGAUAAGGAACCAUCCGUGGUUCUUGAUGGAUCACCUGGCUGAUGAUAGCAGGAUGAGCACCAAGGGGACGGAACAGCCGAUGCAGAGCAUGGAUGAGAUCAUGCAGAUCCUAGCGCUGGCAGAGGCACCAUAUCCUGGCGAUGACAUGGAAGAAUUUGUGGAUUCGGAUCCCUAUAUUGACAUCACCACAUCCUAGUACGCCUCAUAUUCUGAAACAAAUAGAUUAUGCUACAAGGUAUGAAAUCUCAAAACAUCAUAUAGUGAAGCAGGAAAACUAUAUUGCUACAACAACUGUCGCAAGAUGGCCAGAGGCAGAAGGGAAUAAAUUUGAGUUCCGACAGUUGGGCUGCCGAUGCUUGAUAGGCCCCAAAACGUUACUGUUGUUCACGUGGUGGUUUCCAUACUUCCAAUAUUGCACGACAUUUUAGCCUUUCGGUUUAAACAAUGUUAAUGUAAUAUUGUUUGAAUAUCCGGCUAAUAUGAGAACUGGUAGGUUAUGUUGAACAAUAUUUAA